AUGUCCCGUCUUUCGCGUGCAAACCUGAAAGCCAGGGAAUCUGUUUUCGCCAGUGGACCGGAAAUAUACAAAGGUGAAAUACAAGCAAUAUGUCCGCCUAAUCUAGCCGAAUGCGUCGCGACCAUGGAGGACUGCUGUGAGGAGGCGUACGAAGCACAGUUACUCCUUAGGAACGGGACAUAUGACUACCCGCGAAUGGCAAAUGUUUUGCGGAACGAAAGGGUCUUUCUCCUUAUCGAUGAAAGCACGGUGAAGAAGUACAAAUCAGACCUGAUUGAUGAAGUUGAACCUGCGAUACAUGAACUCAUAGAACGGGCUGAGCAGGGCCUCAAGUCUCUUCAGCGAAAGCAGGCUCAACUUCAAGCGAAGGUUCUCGCGAAAACAGCACCCUCUCGACCCACUUCAGGCACAAUGGCGCAGCAUAAGCUUGAGCAAAGACGGUUACAUAUGCUCACGAAGAAACGUGAGCAGUUGGAGGAAGAGUGCGCGUCCCUAGAGGCAGAAGUGCAAGCUCUGGUACGUGACAUUUUUGACUUUUACAUGGCACUGCCGCCUCAUGAAGGACAGGAAUCUAAAUCAUGA